GAUUGUACCAAGAUUUGAUAAUCAUUGAGCUUGCCGUGGGCAUGAGUUCCCCUUAACAAGUACUUUCUCCUUCAAGUUUUACAAUACUUAUGGUCAUCAGCACAGACAGUGAUAUCUAUACUCCAUUUCCACAAGGCAUAAUGAUGGAGGACGGCCCUCAGUCCAGUGAGGAUGGCUCCGGCCUACACUCACCCAUCUUCGGGGCUCAAUUUCCUCAGCCGCACGGAGACAUCCGCUAUCACCAAGAUCAACUAGAUAUACAACAUGCAGCGGGCAUCCUGGCCUCUCAGUUCGAUUACACCAAUAUCAACAUCCACCCGCACCCUCACCUUCUCGAAACCCCCUUGAAUCUUCAUUCAAAUCAGAAUCCUCACCACCAUAAUUCAUAUCAAUCUGAGUUUCCUCUUCCACAAAGAAAUCACCUUGGUCUUGAUAUCCCGCCCCAUGCCUACCCUAACACCCGUCUUCCGCCCCCUCCAGCUCAUGGCGGCGCCGUCAACUUGUCCUACCAAGGCCCCCCAAACCGAAGAUAUUCUGCCGAGGACUUGCGCCCACAAUCUUACUCCUCGGGUGGUGGUUCAACACAACCCCCUGUAAUACAAACUCCAGAGAGCACUCGAUCCUCUGUUCCAACGUCAGAGUCAACCCCCCAACCACAGCCAGCCGCAUCUACGUCCCAGGAUCCGCCCCGCAGGGAAAUUUCGAAUCAAGUGAUAGCUUGUCGGCAAUGUCGUGCGAGGAAAAUUCGGUGCGACUCCACAAGACCAAUUUGUCAUAAUUGUGUGCGCCGCUCGAAUGAAUGUCAAUAUGAUGCAGCACCCAAACGGCGAGGGCCUGAUAAAAGGCCAGGCACUCGCCAGCGCUCAUGUAAGAAACGGCCGACCGAUGGCUCUUCCCCUCCUUCCCUUCCGUCUAAACGGAAACGUACUUCGGUCAGGAAUGACGACUUCGAACUUCCGCGGGAAUCUCGUGGACUUCCCAAUGUUCCCGCCUUGCGGCCUGAUGGGGAUCGAAUUCGACUCCAGCCCUCACUUUCGCCUACUGGCCCUGACUUUUCUUCGUCUAUGCAAACGCGUGCAGCCUCAGACGAUAGUUAUCCACAUCAAGUGGAGAAGUACCGCAUCCCAUCAACGCCCUCCGUACAAUACAGUCGCAAGGAGUGGUGGGAUAAUUUGGUUAUGAGCUACUCUACUACUCGGGAUCAGUCCUUAAAGGACAUAGCAUCAGAUCUCUCAACACUGUUCACCACUAGCGGUUAUUGGUUAUCAUUCGUGAACGUUCCAGACUUCGUCCAUAGCCUAUACAACCCUGAAGAACGUUCGCUUAUGCAACCUUCACUUGUUUUUGCGGGGUUAGCUUUAGCAACCCUGAUGAAAUCGAGUGAGAUGGAACUGGGGUCUGCAGGUCGCGAGCGCGCCGUCUGGCUUCGUGAUAAGGCGCAGGCUUGGCUCGAAGCGUCGUUGAAUUCCCAAUGGAUAGACAUGACCCUUGCGAAGGCUGCUCUUAUUAUUGCUGUGUACGAGUCCUCGGCUCACCCACACUAUACCUCCGAACGCGCGAGACGCUCUCUGGCCUAUCUCGAUGGAAUUGUCCGCCAAUUAGGCUUGACGUUCCUGGACGGCAAUGAGCCAGACGUGUCGACGUUCACCCCAAAUGCUGUACCCAUCGCUCACAGACGCCGCCCCUUUGAUCAAAUGUCUAAGGACGGGGUCCGUACCCCUCAUGCCAUCCCUCGCAAGUGCGACUGUAUACCCCUUCCAAAUUCAUCUAUCGCUACGGAACAAUUUUCAUCUUCAUGGUCAUCCACGCUACCUUGGGAUCCCUCGUGGACCCCUGAGGAGAUGCACAAGGAAUCUUGUAGGAGGCUAUGUUGGAGCGCCCUUAACCUCGUGGCCAGGUACACGUCACAUUGCAUCGCGUUCCAGAAAGAGCCGAGCGAUCUUUUCCUAACCGACCCUUCCAAUUUCCGGUUACUGUUCCCUGGUGAGAUAUCACAACGAGGCUCCAAUGAGCACAAGGCGCAGUCUCCGAAAGAAUCAAUAUGGGCACUCUAUUGCCGCAGCAUGCUCCUUUGGAAUUUCUGUACCACCCGUCUGCGGAAAAAUGUUUUUAGCAGCACAGAGACAACCGACCUUGCGGUUGAAGCUUGGUCGGAGACCCUUGAAAUCCAAGAUGCCUUGGAUACCCACACCUGCAACCUCGAUAUGGCAUUGUUGUACAUGUGUCGGGAGUACGUGUACAACACACAGAUCAUAAUUACUCAGCUUUUACAAGCUGGCCAUGCAGAAGCUGGAAAUUCCCCUCAGUUCAACCGCAAGCAGGCUGAGCAGUGGCUGUACUACCAGACCCUUUUCAUCCGCAGAGUUAAGAUGUCAAUUCACCAUCUUGGCGAUCAAGAUGGCCAUCUUUUCACCAGGCAGCCGUUCCAGGUGACUUGGUUUGCAAGCCAAGUAGCGACAUGUCUUUCUUUGUGGGAGGAGGACAAGUCCCUUCUUGAUGCUUUGGAAGUUGCCAAAGACGUCAUAAUGCCAGUCGACGUGUUGAAUACGUUGUGGCCUUGCCCAAUGUUAUUGAGCAAAUGCGACGACUUGCGGAAGCGAGUGACGGAGGCUUGCCACACCGUCAAUAUCGUUGCGCCACUGCCACCCAACUGUUCGCUCCCUCCACUUCUCCGGGGUGGGCCAUGACCAAUCUCAGAUUCAACAACUCAUAUCCAACGCCUCUUCGCCCACGACCCAUCGCAAAUAUUGCCUCCCUGUUAGUUUACGUCAGAUGCUAUGUCAAUAUUGUUUCGUUUUCUGCAGCCUUGGUUAUUACUGUAUUCGAUCUCUCUUACUCCUUCUUUCUCCAUAAUUUGGUCAAGCUUCGCAAUAAUUUACAUCACCUGAUGGUUUCGAAACCUGUUUGUAUUGUACCAUUUCCGAUACCCCCGUUGAUUGUCGAUUCCGCUUGUCGUGAGCCUGUUCUUCAAUAACAUUACCAGUGACGACUUUUUACCCGCGGAGGAUGCCCUGAUGUCAUGAAGCAAACUUUUUACCUUU